UUCCUAAUUCCUCUUCGUGCCUUCACCCAAGGAGCGACCUGUACGGCUGCUCCUUCCAUCCUGCCCAUUCCAUUGUCAGGGAUCCCAGGAGCCAGGACCGGGGCUGGAACCCGCGGUUUCAGCGGGGCCGGGACUCGAACCCGCGGUCUCACCGGGGCCGGGGCUCGAACCCGUGGUUUCAGCGGGGCCGGGGCUCGAACCCGGGGUCUCACCGGGGCCGGGACUCGAACCCGCGGUCUCACCGGGGCCGGGGCUCGAACCGGCGUUGCCGUGCCCCGCGCGGGGCCCGCCGGGGCCGGAAGCGGAGCGCGGUUCCGGGGCGGGCAGUCCUGCUCGCCGCUCUCUCCCGCACGAUGCUCCUCGCCCGCUCCCUGCGCGCCGCGGCCGCCGCCGCGCUGCGCCCUCCGCGCCCCGCUCCGCGCCGGCCGCUCAGCUCCGCGACCCCCCGCGCUCUGCUGCCGCCGCCCGCCGCCGCGCCCGCCCUGGCGCGCUCGCUGUGGCAGCUGGGCGGCGGCGCGGGGCGGACGGCGCUGCUGCGGCCGCGGCGGGGCUCGGCCGGCCGCGUGUCCUGCGGCUGCGGCGGUCUGCACACCGAGGGAGACAAAGCCUUUGCACAGUUCCUGACCGAUGAGAUCAAGGAGGAGAAGAAGAUCCAGAAGCACAAGUCCCUGCCCAAGGUCUCUGGGGGCUGGGAGCUGGAGGUCCACGGCACGGAGGCCAAGCUGGUGCGGAAAAUCGCGGGGGAAAAGAUAACGGUUACAUUCAACAUCAAUAACAGCAUUCCACCCUCGGCUGAAGAAGACACACAGGAGCAGCAGAAAGCUGAGGAGCAGGAGCCUGAACUUACAUCAACUCCAAACUUUGUUGUGGAAGUAAUAAAAGAUGAUACAAAACAGACCCUUGUGCUUGACUGCCAUUUCCCUGAAGAUGAGAUUGGACAUGAAGGAGAGGAAGAAAGUGAUAUUUUCACAAUUCGGGAGGUCAGCUUCCAGCCCACCGGAGAAGCCGACUGGAAGGACACCAACUACACCCUCAACACGGAUUCCCUUGACUGGGCUCUCUACGAUCACUUGAUGGAUUUCCUGGCUGACAGAGGAGUGGACAACACCUUUGCUGACGAGUUAAUAGAGCUCAGCACUGCCCUGGAGCACCAGGAGUACAUUAAAUUCCUUGAAGACCUUAAAAGCUUUGUUAAAUGUCAGUAGGUCAGGCUAGGAAACUUACCCUCAAGUGUGGGUAUUCCACAGUGCUGCUUCAUCCAGCAAUACCCAAAUAUAUCUUCACAGUGGAUACAGAGAGUAAGUAAUUUGGAAGGUGGAGAAUGGGAGAAGGAGGAUUCCCACUUGGAUCUGGGGAUGUGUAGUGAUGGUGCAGCCCCAGAAAAGUUCUCUGAUGCUACAGGCCAGAAUUGCCUCACCCUGCACAGGGGUUUUUGUACAACUAAGAGUGAAUGUGAAGAAUAAAAACUGUUCAACAUA